GAUGUGGAUAUUGCAGUCGACUUAUCUCUACGUUAAUUGUCACGGACGCAGCGCUAAAAUGCUUCGUCAGCCACAAGUGUCUACAUCGUUGGAACGAACUGUUCUACCAAAAUACUAUACGAGAGUGCCUUCGGUUGCAAAAUCGUCGACGAACAGUUCAGGCAUCAAUCUAGAUUGUUCAUCGAAUACGACACUCGCAACAAUCGCGAGUCCGUUCAACAGUCAGACAGCCCUAAUCGCGGAGAAAAAAGUGAUUCCUUCUAGCAAUAUUGUCAUUGCUAACCAUUACUAUGCACAGAAUUUAAGGAACAAUCAUCAAAAGACUCUAAACGGGUCUCACAUAUACGAUCCUCUUGACAAGGGUUCUGAUCACGAUUACAAGCAAAUCGAUCCAUUAUUGGUCGGCGAACCUCCGUAUAUGGGGGUCGAAAACACCAAGCAAACUAUGAGUUCGCAAAAUAUAAAACCGGCCAAGGACUCGGACGAUGUUUUGCAUACACAGUUCAAAGAAGUAAAACGAUCACCUAUGCGCUAUAGUAUGCAGCUGUUAGCUGCUUUAGCGGUGUCAAUGUCCUCUUUGAUGAUCGGUUACUCCACUUCCUACACGUCCCCUGCUUUAGUUUCGAUGCGAGAUAACACGACAGCCACAUUCGAAGUAACUAUGGAUAUGGCUAUGUGGAUAGGAUCGAUCAUGCCACUGAGCGCUCUUAUUGGAGGCAUAAUCGGUGGUCCAUGUAUUGAAUAUAUUGGUAGAAGAAACACUAUUCUAAGCACUGCUUUACCGUUUCUUGCAGGCUGGCUAUUUAUCGCACUAGCAACAAAUGUUGCGAUGAUAUUGGUUGGCCGUAGUAUAUGCGGUUUCUGUGUCGGUAUUGCUUCUCUUUCCUUGCCAGUUUAUCUUGGAGAAUCUAUACAACCAGAAGUACGUGGCUCACUUGGUCUCUUACCAACCGUCUUUGGUAAUUCAGGGAUCUUAAUGUGCUUCACAGCUGGAAUGUAUCUAGCUUGGCGAAAUCUUGCAUUACUAGGUGCCUGUAUACCAAUAAUAUUUUUGAUUCUGAUGUUCCUAAUUCCUGAAACGCCAAGAUGGUAUAUUUCGAAAGGGAAAAUAAAAGAGGCACGAAAAUCGUUGCAAUGGUUGCGGGGCAAAACUGCCGAUAUUAGCGAGGAAUUAGAUUCCAUUCAAAAAAUGCAUAUCGAAAGUGAACGUAUCGCUACAGAGGGUGCUUUCAUAGAACUUUUCAGGAAAAAUCAUAUAAAACCGGUUUUUAUUUCGCUUGGCUUAAUGUUCUUUCAACAGUUUUCAGGAAUCAAUGCGGUCAUAUUUUACACAGUUCAAAUUUUCAAGGACGCUGGAAGUACUAUAGAUGAAAAUCUUUCCACCAUCAUCGUAGGUCUUGUAAAUUUCAUUUCAACGUUCGUUGCAGCAAUGAUCAUAGAUAGAUUAGGUCGAAAAAUGUUGCUUUAUAUAAGUAGUAUACUAAUGUGUAUAACUUUAUUCACAUUCGGUACUUUUUUCUAUGUGAAAGAAUUAAUGGAUGUUACUGCAUUUGGUUGGAUUCCACUAAUGAGUCUGAUCGUUUAUGUGAUCGGAUUCUCAUUUGGUUUUGGUCCGAUCCCAUGGUUAAUGAUGGGCGAAAUUUUACCAGUUAAGAUACGUGGUACGGCUGCCAGUGUUGCAACAGCUUUCAAUUGGUCCUGUACAUUCGUCGUUACGAAAACUUACGAAGAUUUGGUUUCCCAUAUCGGCCCAUAUGGAACUUUUUGGUUGUUCGGUACGCUCGUAGCAGUAGCAUUCAUUUUUGUAAUUAUUUGCGUACCAGAAACACGAGGACGAUCUCUCGAAGAAAUCGAAAGAAGAUUCGCUGGACCGGUGAGAAGAACGAGUGCGAUCGCCAAUUUAAAACCGAUGCCAAUAACCAUUUAAUGCUGGUUAAUCGUUCCUAUCAUUUUCUUGCUUUAUAUCUUUUCUUUUUGAUAAUUAGUUAAUCAAUCUAUUCGAUCAACGAUCAAUUACGUUUCGUUUUAUCAAACGAACGAAUAUGUAUUAUAGUUCAUUCUGUCGAUCAGAACGAACAGAUUUAAUAAUAGUCUUCCGGAUCGUCUUUUUAUUUUUUUUCUGAUUCUCUCUUUAUUAUAAUCAUAUCGAUCUUUACAUAUGUAAUGAUUGAUUACAUUGAUCAUAGCAAUAAGUUCUUGAUCGACGAAAUUUCUAUUAUUGCGUUUUAUCUUAGUGAAAAGAAAAUUAAAGCAGAAAACAUGAUAAAUCAAAUAACAAGGAAAAAAACGUACAAAAGAAAAUAAUAGAGCAAUAGAUCAGAGAACAAUAAAGAGAGUUUCGGAUAUUCAAUUUUCUGUACUUAUGAGCUAUAUUUGUUUAUAAUUAGCGAUAUAAUCGCGAAUACAAGCUCAACAAAGAAAAUGAUCCGUUGAUUAGAUAUUAUACGUAACCAUUACUUUUCUUCUUUCAUUUUAGGGUCUACCUCAAAUUAGUACUUUUAUUAAAGGUAUAUGAGUAGGUUAACAGCAAGUAUGAAUUAUUUAAUUAAUACACAUAAUUUGUGUGCAUAAAUUCGCUGAUAUAUAUGCUGAUAUGUUGUACUUAAAAAAAUAUGUAUAACCAGCAUUUAAAGGAAAAAAACGAAUUUCUUCCUUUUAUACAAGCAGCGACAAUAAAAUUUUAACGCGACGGUCGUAUAUAUGUAUAAUUCUUAUACAUCUUUAUGGAUGUAACCGUCGUAUUUAUACAGUUACCGAUUUACGUCAAUGAACAACUGCAUCAUUUAUUAACGAAUUAAAUCAUAAGAUAUACAUAUAGUUAAAAAAUAGAGAUAAAAAUAAUUGCGUUUAUUUUUCCAUUACCAAAAUUAAUGUAACUAAUUAGUAAAAAAAAAAAAAAAUAUAUAUAUAUAUAUGAUCAACAAACGAAGGGAACAUAUGCAUGAUCGCGCACGAUUCAUUGAAUCUCUUAUAUGUGAACUGUAUAUACUUUAAGAAAUGAUUUUCUUAUAAAUCUUUAAUAUGUAUUUGUAUAUGUAGUUGUUUUUUACAAAUGUGCGCUUUUAAUUUUUAGUUUUUAUUCUAAUUUCCGAUAAUAUAUCUAGAUUGAAUUUCGAUUGUCGCAUCUCAUCUUGAUUCAUCUCAUAUAUAUAUACUAUUUACUCUUUAAUCCUAUUAUCUCACCUUUUCUUCUUUUCAAUUGUUUUUUUCUUUCUUGCGCAGAUGCAUAUUGUUCUCAAUAUUAAAUAAAACUGCCUUUAUAUCAUUCCGAAUCUUAAAAUUAGGGCAAGA